AAUGUAAACAAAUUGCCGAUAGAUGAGUAAUUUCUCGUAGUUUUACUCCUCCUGUGAGUAUGAUGUUGUUUACAAAUCUUAUAGUUGAGCAACAGAAUACUAAUUUAUUUGGUUUCGAAUCAAAUCAUUUUUCUACAGCAGGUACUACUCCUUAUGCUGCUGCUGGAUUUACUUCAGCUAUGACAGUAUAUACUGGAUCUACUCUUUUGGUAUGACAGGAAAUACUAGAGUUGCUCCAGCUAUGCUUGUAAACACAGGACCUCCUCCAACUAUGCCAGUAAUUACUGGACCUCCUCCAGUGAUGCCAGUAAUUAAUGCACCUCCUCCAGUGAUGCCAGUAAUUAAUGCACCUCCUCCAGUCAUGCCAGUAAUUAAUGCACCUCCUCCAGUCAUGCCAGUAAUUAAUGCACCUCCACCAGUCAUGCCAGUAAUUACUGCACCUCCACCAGUUAUGCCAGUAAUUACUGCACCUCCUCCAGUUAUGCCCGUAAAUACUGGAUCUAUUCCAUUUUGGUCAUCAAAUAUUGUACAUCCUUCAAGUAUGCCAGUAAAUCCUGGAUUUACUCCAGCUUCAACAAUGUAUACUAGCCCUUUUCCAUUUUCAACUGUAAAUACUGGACCUCAUCCAAAUAUGACAGUAAAUACUCAACUUGCUCCAUCUUCAACAAUGUAUACUAGCCCUGUUCCAUUUUCAACUGUAAAUACUGGACCUCAUCCAAAUAUGACAAUAAAUACUCAACUUGCUCCAUCUUCAACAAUGUAUGCUGAACAUUUUACAGCUGUUCCAGCAGAUACUAUAUCUACUAUAGCUUCAACAAUAAAUACUAGGCCUGAUCCAUUUUCUAUAGUAAAUACUGGAUUUGCUUUUGAUUCUUCACUUACUACAACAGUAAAAACUUCAGUUUUGGAAUCAAGAUCAACUGGAACUAAAUCACACUCCCUCCCUCAGAACAAUGGAAUUGCUGACUCAAUUAAUGAGCAUUUGCAAGGAAUUGAUUUGAGUGAACUGAAAAAGUUUCAGUAUUUGGAUCUUGCCGAGAAAACUGGAAAUUUUUGUGACUUAUGGGUAGAAGAAGGUGGUUAUAAAAUAGGUGAAGGUGGUUUUGGAUCGGUUUUUCGAGCAGAUAUUUCUGUUGCUGUAAAAUUGCUAAAAGAACCUGUUGAUAAGCAGUUUUUUACUGAAUUGAGCAUUUUAUCUAGGUGCAAGCAUGAGAACUUAUUACGUCUUUUAGGAUUUUCAGUUGAUGGGUCUAACUGCUGUUCAGUUUAUGAAUAUAUGCCCAAUGGAUCAUUGGAAGAUAGAUUAGCAUGUUCUGGUGGCUCGCUACCCUUACCUUCUCUAACACGUCUGCAUAUUGCAUAUUUUUCUGCAGUUGGUCUUAAUUAUUUGCAUAAUUUCAGUAAACCACCACUGGUUCAUCGAGAUGUAAAAAGUGCCAAUAUUCUAUUGGACGAGAAUUUUAUUCCUAAGAUAGGAGAUUUUGGCCUUGUUCGAAUAGGAGGUAGCGGUUCAGCUUCAACUAUGGCCAUUACCAAACAUUGUUGUGGAACAGAAGUAUAUAUGGCCAGAGAAGCACGUUAUGGCGAUGUUUCAGUUAAAUUAGACACAUUUAGUUUUGGAGUGGUUUUACUAGAAAUAUUGACUGGUCUUCCUCCGUAUGAUAUCAGAAGGGAAGAUAGAGAUUUAGUAACUCAUAUGGAAGACUGUGAAGAUAUAUUGACAAUGCUUGAUCAAAAAGUUCUAUGGAAUGAAGGACAGGCCAUAGAUAUGUAUAAAAUAGCCAAUCAAUGUUUGAUAUACAAAAAGAAACAGAGACCUACUAUAGGAGAAAUAUUACCGGAUUUGGAAUCAUUGCUGAAUGAAUUUGAUUUCUAAUUGCUAUAUUAAAUGUCUGAUGUAAGCAAUCGUACAAGAAAUGUUUAAAAAUCCAUAUUGUAUAAUUUUUGAUGUUUCUGUUGUUUAUAAAUCUUAGAACGAAAUUGUGUAAAUAUUGAACUUUGUAAAUAAGUUGAUGCUUUAAUAUUUAGAGUUUUAUUAUAAUAUAAAAUUUUAAUUUAUUUAAGAAUGUCCGGUGAAUUUAUUUAUAUUUAAUACAUUAUUUUUUAUAUAUUUAUAAAUGAACGUUUGUGAAGAAAGAAAUAUACUUACUAAAAACGUAUAGUUUUAAAGUUUUAUAAUUUUUGAGAGUAAUUAUUACUAAGAUUAAAGGAAUGCUAAAAUAUACAUGAAGUAUAAAACUAUAUUAUGAAGGGCCAGAUUGGUAUAAUGUGUUAUAAGUAUCCAGAUUUCAAUACCAGAAAAACAACUGAAAGAGAAACAAAUUUUCAUCUGGUAAUUCCAAGUUAUGGGUUAAGUUUAGAAACAAAAAAAUUAAUUAGGAAAGCCGCAAACUAAUUGGAAAUUAUCCAAUAAUUCAAGGUUUCUUAUUGAAUUUACUUAAAGCAUCAAAUUAAAAAGAUCUAUUUAAAUUCUUGUAUACAACAAAUUUUAACUACUUAUGGUUGUUUCUCGACGUAUGGAAGUCGCUUCUGUGGGAAAAUCGCCAGAUUUUGACUGCUUUACUAAUGAAGGAAGUGUCAGCUUUUAUAUUUAUUGAUCUUUCAAAUACUAAAAUGGGAAAGAAUUCUUUCUAAACUGUUAUAGAACUGUGGGAAUUUUUGAAUUGGUACAGUAUAAGAUUGGAAAAAUAGUGAUAAAAACAUAAUAUGAAAUAUUUUAGAAAUUUUUUUUUUGCAUAACAAUUAGUUUACACAUUAAAAUUUUGAACCAUAUUUUUUUAUUGCUAAAUGUAUCACAUUAAUCUUAUAUAUAUUAUUAUUAUUAUUAAUAAUUUUUUUUAUUUAUGCCAUUAUCUUUAUUGUAUGAUCCAUUAUAUAUUUACUUAUUUUUUUUAUGUUAUUACUUUAAAUCUUAUGUUUGUUAUUUUGUACUCUUUUAAACUUUACUGCUAUUUUUUUAAGUUCUAUAUAUUUUAUAUUUUCUAAAUUCUGUUAUAAUUGCAGAUUUCAUACUUUAAUUUUUAUUCUUACAUGUUAAUUUUUUCUGCUUUAUUGAUACUGAUAUUAUCAGUUUGAAAGUCUCUGCCAUAUCUGCCUCACUUGUUUUUAUCUGUGUGGGCUUUUGUUCAUUUUUUGUAAAUAUCGAUCUACAUAUCUACUGUGGAUUGGCCGGGUUUCUUUAUCUUAGAUAUGUGUGAGAACAAACACUAAUCAUAAUGCUGUGAGUUUAUAAAUAUAUUUUAGUUAUUUUAUAAAUUAAUUAAUUAAAUGUGAAUUAAUUAAUGUAACUAAGAAUAUUAAAUAACUGCAUUUAACUCAUUUGCAUUGUACAUACUUUUAUAAUAAGGUUCAAAUUUUAUAUAUUUUUUAAAACUGAUUUGGCAAUGACGAAAUUUAUAUAUAUAUAUAUUUUACUUUGUUUACUAUCCAAUUCAGUGUUAGAAUUAAUAAAAAAGCUAUACUCACUUAUUUAUCAGAGGAAUUUUAAAAUGCUGGUAUGUUAUUGAAAUAAAAUUAAAAUUUUUUCAUAACGAGCUAUUUUAAUAUUCUAUAAAGGUGAAAUCAGCAUGUGAUUUUUUUUUCUUUUAAAUUAAGGCUUGUCAUGUAUUUCAUGAAUUAGCCAUUUAACUUAGAUAUAGCAAGACAUAGCCGUGUUCUUCUUUCAAAUUAGAUUUAUAUAUAUAUAUAAAGAAAGGAAUCCAUAAGCAUUUAGUGCAAUUAAUAAUGCUUGUCUAUGUUAUGCAUUGAAAGAUUCUUGACUGACAUUGAUAAGAAUCCUCUUAAUCAUUCAAAGUCACUCUCUUUGCAAACGAUUGUUUUUUGAUUUCGGGAUUUGAUGUUUAGAGACAAUUAUUUGGAAAAAAAAUGCAUCCUUAUAAGAAAGAGGGGAAUUGUCCCAGGGAUGCCAAUUGAUGUACCAUGUAACUUUUUUAAUGCUGUUUUCUCUAAUUUUUAGAAAAAUUAUGAAAUAUUUGGCCAUUUGUUUGCAUAAAUGAACAUAGAAAAAAAAAAUGUAUAAUUUUUUACCCAAAACAAAGUAUCAGAUGCUUAAGGGUUCAUUCAAAAAUGAAGGAUCUUGAUUUUGAGCUAUAUUUCUUUUAAUUAAGGCUUUUCUAUAUUCAUAUCAGUGUCUACAUGUGACCUCUUAGAUAAUACUAUUUUCCUCAGUUAUGAUACGAUAACAUAUAUUACCUUAGUGAGAAAAGAAUGCAAGGAGGGUGCUGCACAGAGGACAUAUUUACUCAAUAUCGCCCCAUCCAUUAUCUCUCUGCUUUCUGAGUCUCCUUGGUUUGCUAACCUCAAGUGUGUUGUCUAUCUGUACGUUAAGAAAUAAUACUAAGCUAUAUUUUAUAACUUCCGAACUAAGCAAUUCUGGAUUCCUGACAUAUUACUAAAAAACGUCUUAGUGUUUAAAAUUAUAUAAGAAAAAAAUGAUACACUAUAGAGUUAAACACAAACUCGCUUUUUUUUUUUUUUUUUAAAGAAAAGUAUAUGUUCACAUGAACAGAUUCGAUUCAAAAUUCGAUAUCAAUUAAGGAUUUCGAUCAAACAUUAUUCCAAAAUUUUUUUUAUAUUCUAUCCCCAGAGACUUGUAGAGAUUACCAUAAUUUUGUAAAAGAUCCAUUUUAAGAGGUUUAAUUUUGUAUCCUUUUGAACUAUCUGCAAUUAAAAACUAUUUUAUAUAUUUCAAAUGAUUCUAUUGGGUGAUAUUUAUAAAAUACUUGAAACAAUCAUUAGCAAAUUAAGUUAUUUUUGUAUAUAUUGCAUUGGAUUUUUAGAAUUUUAUGGAACUGUUUAGAUGUAUCAUGCAUUUUUAAAUGGCCGAAUUUGUAUUUUUAUACUCUUUGUUUCAUUUUUCAAAAUUUUAUUGUAUGUUCAUUGUAAUAUAAAUAUUGUAACAUCAAAAUCAAUUUCAUAUAAAUACUUUCCCAAUAUUUAAUAUACCUUUUUCUGAAAAAUGUCACUCUGGAUUUCUGUUUUGCUUAUUCUUUAGAAUAGAAUGUUCUUUUAUUAUGAGUGCUAGUGAUAAUUGCUCUGCUAAAA